AUGCAACCAAUUGUCAUAAUAAGUUAUAUACUGAAUAGUUACACGCGAGCUAUCACUUCAUACAUUCUCAGAACGUUUUUUCUAAUCAGAAACGUCAAGGGAAGUUCAGGCUAUUCAUUCGGUUAUGGGAUUUCUGAUGCACAAACAGGUGACGUUAAAACUGUAUGGAAGUCCAAGAAAGGUGAAACUGUUCAAGGUCAUUACAGUUUGCUUGAACCAGAUGGAUCUGUAGGAACUGUAGAGUAUUCCGCUGGCCCCGGUAAAGAAUUUACUGCAGCGGUCGAUAACAAAGGAGCGGAGCCGGAAUCAAGCGUUACCGCUCAACAACAAAUGGAGGACAAAUCUUACAGAGACUAUAAAACACCAUACGAAUAUUCUGAAGAUGCAGCUUUGGGAUUCUAUUCUUCAAACGAGAAGAGAAAUAAAAAAAGACCCUACGAUUCAUUUUACAAAGAAUAUUCUAUGUUGAAAAAACCAACGUAUUCCACGGAUGCUGAAUUCAAUGGUUUUCCUAAUCUUCCAUCAAUUAAGCAUCCCCGGGAUGAAACUGGUUUUGACAGCGAUUCUCAUAGUUACUUCGGUUUCUAUCAUGACCCGAAUUGCAAAAAUAAACAUACACAACAAACCGAUUUUUAUAAAGCUCUGGAGGAUAUGAAUUUUGGAAAACCAAAGUAUCCUUUUCUUCACCCGGACUCAUAUGGUUACGAUAAAUAUAGCGACUCGUCUAAUAACGAUGAAGAAUAUUUUCAACGUUAUAAAUUAAAAGGUCAUAAAUCGUCCAGACCGAGUGAAAUGGCUUUGUAUACUUCAAUUACGAAUAAGUACAGUCAACCUACAUUAUCAGACAUUACCGUUUCUGAAAACUUUUACCCGGAUGAAAUAAUGCAACGACCCAAAAAGAGAAGUAGACCGCAUAAACACAAAGAAACAUAUUAUUCGAGUGACGAUCUUAGUGAUUAUGUAUUAGUACCCAAGAGGAAGCUUAAGAGACCUCAAAAAGUAUCAGAUAUUAAUGAUUAUCCACCUGAAAUCGAUGAAGACGAUUACGAUAAUUCUGACGAAGAUGAAGACAGAAAUCAUAAGCCGCCUCGAGGAACUGGCCAAAAGGAAGUUGUAAAGAAAAUCAUUAAGAAAAAAAAGCCGUCGAUUAUUAAUUUGUUAGACAUAUUAGACAUUUAG